AAGACAUUUAAGACAAGACAAGAUGGUGAGCUUUAUUUGUGCAUUGGUGGCGAUUACCUGCAUCGUUGUUAAUAUUCAAGGAGUGAGAUUAACAAAUGAAAAGGAAGAUGAUUUAAAAGAUUUCUACUCAAAAUUCAGCCAUGACAUGAAACGCGCCAUAAAAUCCGAUGAAAACAAUGCAACUUUGAAAUCACAAAUUGCAGCAAUAGACAGACAAAUAAAAACACUUCAAACAUAUCACAAAAAUCUACAGACGGAGAAAAAACAUCUUCAAACAUUUAAGUUAAUUCUUAAACACAAAAUCAAUAGGACAGAAGUACAAAAAUAUACACUAGUGAAACUACAACAAAAAAUUAAGAAAGUCGAAUUGAAAAUGAUUGAUCUGUCGUCACAAAUGAAAAAACUUGAUGCAUAAAUGGCAACAUUACAAACCGAGUUGAAAAGUCUUGAAAAACAAUUGAAAACACUUUACAUGGAAAAUGAAAAUCUUACAAAUAUCUCGGAAAAAGGAAAAGAUUGCGCAGAUCUUUACAGAAAAAGUAUAAGACACAAUGGAAUAUACAUGGGAAAAAACUGUGCAGAUCUUUACAAAAAAGGUAAAAAAAAGAACGGAGUUUAUCAAAUUGAUCCAGAUGGCCAGGGUUAUUUCGAUGUUUUCUGUGAUAUGAAGACAUCUGGUGGAGGUUGGACUGUGUUUCAAAGACGUCAAGAUGGAAGUGUAGACUUUUAUCGAAAUUGGAAAAACUAUACACAAGGAUUUGGUAAUCUUACUUCUGAAUUCUGGCUUGGAUUGGAUAAAAUAUACCGACUAACAUCAGCCAAGAGAAAUAAACUUCGUGUUGACUUGGGAGACUGGUCAGGAAACAAAGCAUAUGCUGAAUAUGAUUAUUUUGCUGUAAAGAAUGAAACACAUAAAUAUCAGUUAAGUCUUGGUGCAUAUUCUGGAAAUGCUGGAGAUUCAUUAUCCUAUCGUAAUGGCAUGGCGUUUUCAACCAAAGAUUCAGAUAAAGAUAAAUAUAAAGGAAACUGUGCUUUUCGCCACAAAGGUGCUUGGUGGUAUAAUAGCUGUCAUUCUUCUAACCUGAAUGGGCACUACUAUAGUGGCAACCAAGACAAUAACAAAGGUGUGACUUGGUAUGCUUGGAAACGUUUUAUAUCCUUAAAGUUCACUGAGAUGAAAAUAAAACCAUAAAGAAUUUCCAAUGACUGUGAUGUUAUAAAUUUGAUCAUUAUUUCUAAUGAAACUUCCAACAUAUAAUAAUAAAAAAGAACUUUUAUGUCUUUUAAAAAUUCUUUAUAAUCAUUAUCAUUUAAAAAAGCGUUGAAAAAAUUGAUAAAAAUGCUGUGGUGAAAUAAUAUUUUCCCUAAAUUAGAGCUGAUUUAGGUAAUUAUAUGAUUCUAAUUUUA